CUGAUUGCCGCCGAUCUUACAUUCAAGAGUCAUAUGUGCAACUACAUUCUACGCGAGCAGAAUGUACCCAUUUUCUACGUUUAUGGAGCGUUUGACAUGGGCCUUCACCUUUCCACAACUUCUCAAUGUUGGUAUGACUUCCUAGACACGCGCUCGCCUUGCUCUGAUGAGUCUCGUCGCCACACCUUCACUUUUUCAGCUUUUCUUAAUAUUGAACGAGACUGCUUUUGGAUUGAUGUUAGCGGUGAAAUUUUUUCGAUGGUCUUUGGGAUCCGCGAACCCCCUGGGCUUAGCAAAUGCAUGGCUGGCGCGCUCGCUUGGAGCGUGAACCGACGUCGGAAUGGCUCCCAAAGGGACAGUAUCCUUAAGGGCAAUUUCUGGCUUAUUGGCUGUGGGAGGCUUCCUUCACUUGACGCCAGUUUUUCCCCUAUUUGGGCAGUGUGUUGGAUCAGUGUCAACAAUCGGUUUUCUAGCCAAGUAUGUUCAUUUUUUCGGCUCAUUGGCCGGGACAAUAUCUAUAACUAUUGAAGCCUUCAUUCUCGUUCCCCAUUAUACAGUUCUCGUCCUGAUAGACCAAAGGGGUUAGGAGGGGCAAGUUGUCAAACUUUCCUUCCUACAUUGACCGAAUUCUCAUUUCCAUAAUUCGCAUUAGGGUUUGAGCACUAUGCUUAUCACUAUCACACGA